GCAGACUGGAAGUAGUUGUGUGAGAAUGGGAAUGACAGGUCAGCAGGUUCAGUUUAAAUCAAUACUAGAGCUUCAACCUGUUCAGGUAGAGUCAACCUAGUGCUAGAGUUUGUUUAGGACUUAGUGCAGCUCUCACCCUCCUCUCCUCCCCCUCUCUACCUGUGACCCUGGAGCAGAGAGGUUCAGGCGUCCUCCAUGUGUGCCUGGAGAGGGUGGGCCGGCUGGAGCUGUGGCUGCAGGAGGCCCAGAAGAGCCUGGUAGCCGGGGGAGCUGCUGCGGGGGAGACCACCAUGCAGGACAGUGUGGAGCAGCAACUCCUCACCUGCCAGGAGAUGUUCCUGGAGAUCGAGCAGAGGGUCUCCAGCCUGGCGGCGCUCGGUCUAGUCGCUGACCAGCAGCAGCAGGACGAGGCGGCCGAGCUGCUCUCCUCCAAACUGGAGCUCCUGAAAGCCAACCUGGUGUCCUUCCAGCAGCUGCUGCAGGACCGACAGGGAGAGGAGAGGACCCUCACACCCUCUCAGACACAGGGACAGAAGUCAGCAGCUCAGUCAGAGCGCCACCUGGAGUCUCGGUUGCAGCGCAGCAGCAGUGUUCAGGAGAUCUUCUCCUCUCCGAGAAACAAACUGCUCCGACAGAGCAGCCUGCAGCAGCAGAAGGAGUUGGAGCAGCAGCUGACGGAGCAGAGAGGUCUGACUCAGGCCAUCGCUCUGCAGGGCAGCAGAGGACGCCUCCACAGCCAGGACACAGAGGACCAGAGCCAGCUGUCGCCACGGUGGCCUCCUGCUGGCUCUGCUGGGCAGGAGGACUCGGCUCAGAGAAAGUGGGACGGCCUUCACAGCCGGCUGCUGUCUCUGGAGGAGAGCUGGCUGCUUCCACCCUCUGAGGUGACAGACUCAUCUAGGAGGCGCAGUGAUGGAACAGCAGGACGCGUAAUUGGCACACAAACCCUGAAAGAGCUCCAAACUCACAUCAGCCGCCUGAGAGAGCUGGGAGUCGCAGCGACGGAGACUCAGGCCUCCUCUGUGGACGGCUCCCAUGAGACGCUGGACGAGGGUUUGUUUCAUUUGCUGCACGGAGCGUCCCUGUCCCUGUCCUCCAUCAACAACCUGCUGCACCCACCUGCCGGGAUGACACAUGGAGAAGACGCUCAGCUGAGGCUGCUGCAGCUGCAGAGUCUGUCAGCAGCGCUCGCUUCCCUUGGCAGUGAUCUCUCCUCUCAGGGGUCAGAGGUCAGCCGUGUGCUGGGGUCAGAGCGCGGGCAGCAGUGUGUGGGGGAUGUGUGCAGAGUGCUGUCUGUGGUGCAGACUGCUCUGAGCAGCAGGGAGGAGCAGCUCACACACCUGCAGGAGGAGGCGGCACAGCAGCAGAUUCACCUGAAUGAGUUGCAUGCAGCCUUCACUUCUAACCAGGCGACGGUUCACCAAAUAAUGAAUGAGUUUGAUGGAUCUCUGGGCCUUAACGAACACCUACAGGCUCUGGUUCAGAUGCAGGAGUGUCUGCAGCAGCAGGUGGAGCAGGUGAGCUCCCUGAUGGAGGAGGCGCACCGACACCACCGGCCUGCCUCUCUCAUCCAGCAGGCCUCACAGCUGCAGGGUGAGCUGGACACUUCUCUGGGUGGUGUUCGCUCCCGCUGUGAGGAGCUGAAGAACAGUGUGGAGCUGCAGCAGCAGUAUGAGCGUCUGGUCCUCAGCCUGCAGGAGCUGCUGGAUCUGGGCCCUGAACGCCUCGCACAGCAGCCAGACGCAGAGCUCCGCGACAGAGCUCAUCUCCAGCAGCAGCUCAGCGGCCAUACGAGGUUCUUCCAGUUCCUGGGCCAUCACUUCAGGAUCCUUCAGUACCUGACCCACAGAGUCCCAGAGAGCGCCCUCCAGAGGUGGCAGGGUGUUGUGAUGGGCCUGCAGGUGGAGGUAGCCCGGCUGCAGCAGCAGGGACUGGAGAAAGGGACCAGGAUGCAGGAGACAUUACAGACGUGGUCGCAGUGGGAGGAGGACAGCGCCUGGUCAGACUCCCUGCUGAGUCCAAUUGAAACUUCAUUUCCCAAGAUGCACAAGGGGGGUAAUUCGGAGGAGCAGAAACUCUCCGUCUACCAGGAGCUUCGUGGCGUUCUGGAAGGGAACAAGGCGCAGUUCAGUCUGAUGCUGGAGGCGGGGCUCCGGCUGAAGGAGGCGGGCUGCAGAGGAGUGGGCGUGGCUAAUAGCAAGCUGGAGGCAAGAUGGAGAGCUCUGCACAAGAGGGUGGAGCAUCAACGCACCAAUGUAGACAAGAACAGGAAGCUGAGGAGCAGGUUUCUUCGAGACUCUGCUGUACUGGCUGACUGGAUGGGCGGGACCAGAGAGAUGAUUGACAGGUGCCAGCUCUCUGUGUCAGCCGAGGAGGAGAUGGAUGCUAAACAGAGGCGUGAUCACUACCUCCAGUUUGUGGCUUUGACCAAAGACAUGGAGGCAAAGUGUGGACUGAAGGUGGCUGUGAUCGGAGCUGGAACCCAGCUGCUCCAGCUUAGGGAUGAAGAGGAUGGAGACUCAGGAAUAAAUCCAGAGGACAAAGAGACAUCAGAUCUCUGCUCCAUCAACGCUCAGCUCAGACAGGUAGAGCUGGACUGGUCCCGCCUCCUGACUGAUGUUCCUGUUGUGCAACGAGCUCUGCAUAAGCGAUGGAUGCAGACAUCGACCCAGCAGGAGGCGCUGUCUGAGCUGCAGGCCUGGCUUUGUUCUGCUGAGUCUCAGCUGGAGGAGCAUCGCAGCAGAAUCACACAAACCUCCACCAACUCUGAUCUGAGUCAGCUCCUGAAACACUGCAAGGAGUGUCAGACAGAGAUCUCGGCCCAUCAGGCCACGCUGGACUUUGUGAGCCAGCCUCUACAGACCUGCAGUUCUGAGGAGGGCCAGAAGGGGCGCUAUGAACACAGCCAGUUUGCAGAGGAGCAGGGUCGCCUCAACCACCAGUGGCUCAGCCUGCAGGAAGCUCUGCAAUCUCAGAUCCAGAAGGUGGAGCAGGAGCUUAGGAGCAGGGUGGAGCAUGAGACCCGCCUGCAGCAGAUCAACAGCUGGAUCAAAGAUCAGGACCUCUGGAUGAGGUCUGCUCAGACACCCAGCAGCCAGACGGAGCUGCACCGGAACAUCUGCACCUGCCAGGAUCUUGAGGAGAAGAUCAGGCAGAAGUCUGCAGCUCUUCAGGAGAUGAGAGAGAAACUUGAUGGAGGAGAAAACAGCAGCUGUGAUUUAAUCCCUCAGACGGAUAAAUCCAUCCAGGCCUGUGCAGCUCUCACACAACAGCAUGCCUUGGUGAAACAGAGGCUGGCUGAGGCGCAGCAGCUGUGGGACUGUGUGGAGAAGCAGCUGAAGCAGAUGAAGCUCAAAACAGAGAGAACGUCUCAGACUCUUCAGUAUCACAGCAGCCCUCCGCUCUGCCUGCAGGCACACACGGAUCUGCAUGGGCAGCUGCAGCUUCUUCAUGAGGAGACAGCAGCUUCAGAGACAGAGUGGGACAAAUUAAAUCAAAGCGUCUCCUCCCUCAAAGACAUCGUCAGUCCUGCUGCUGCCGCUCUCCUCACACAGCAGCUGGACAGACUGAGAGACAGUUGGACAGAGAUGUUGCAAGCGUUGGACCAGCAGCUCCAAAGGAGUCGGGACGUCCUGCAGCUGUGGGAGGUGUACGCCCGGCUGGCUGCCUCUUUCUCCGCCCGGCUGCAGACGCUGCAGAGGGACGCCAAGUCAGCGCUGAGCGGAGCGCCUGGAGGACAGGACACUGUGGAGCAGCUCACUGUCAGGACACACAGCGCUCAGAGUCUCCUGGAGAGGACAGAAACUCUGCAGUCCGACCUGGAGGGGGUGCUGAAGGCCUCCAAGGACCUCACUGGUCACCUGGACCCUUCAGCUGCCAGUCUGGUCCAAUCAGAGAGCCGCUUGUUGUCGCGUGGAGUUCAGCAGCUCAGCCAGAUAGUGACAAGGAAGCUGGGUCAGCUGCAGGAGGAGCUUCGGCGGCUGCAGGAGUUUGAAAGUGUACUAGAGUCUCUGGAGGGAAACCUGCAGCUCUGGCAGGAGCGACUGGAGGUUGUGAGUCCCACCGCAGAACAGUCUUUCCUCCUGGAGCUGAGCGGCCUGUCAGCUGAUCUGGACGUGCUGAACGAGCAGAGCUGCAGCCUGACGUUCGGAGACGCUGCAGCGCGCCGCCUGCAACACCUCAACCACCGCUGGACCGAAACCUCCGCCCGAGCUGAGGAGGCCUGCAGUGAGCUGCAGACGGAGGCUCUGAGGUGGCAGAGCUUCGAACAGAAGUGUGAGAACUGGAUGUCCUUCCUGCAGAGGAUGGAGGACAGCCUGGCUGUGGACGUGGCCGGCUCCUACAUCGGCCUCAGACAGCAACUCUGCACACACAAGCGCUUCCAGGCGGAGCUGUUCUCUGGACACCAGAUCCUGCAUUCAGUCAUCACUGAAGCUCUUCAUCUGCUGCAGAAAGGAGAGGUGGAGGACAGGAGUGACUUCAUCCUGAAGCUGACCCACCUCAGGGAGCACUGGCAGGGGGCAGUGCAGCGGGCGGACCAGCGGCGCGGCCUGGUGGAGGGGCUGGUGAAGAACUGGCACCUGUACAGCCGCAGCCUGAAGAAGCUGCAGAGGUUCGUGACGGAGACGCAGACCCUCCUCCCCCCCGCCGGACCGGCACACUGCAGCCUGCAGCAGCUGAGACGCUCCCUCCAGGACCUGCAGCACACGGAGCUGCUGUUCCAGAGGUAUCAGUGCAGCUUCAUCCACACUCUGGAAGUGGGCCGGCAGCUCUUCUCCAUGGGCGACGAGGAGAGUCAGACUCAGCUGCAGACGGAUCUGGGGAACCUGCAGGAGGAGUGGGAGAAACUCCACAGCCUGCUGGGCCGGAGGAUGGACCUCACCGACGCUAUCGUGCAGAACUGGGAGCGCUGCGAGGCCGGACUGGGAGACAGCACCCUGCAGCUGAAGGACCUGAAGACCAGACUUAACGAGUCGAUGCCGGAUUUUGCAGAGGAGCUGAAGAGUGCAGAAAAAUACAUCAAGGAGAACGAGGACUGCCUGGAGGACUGGGCUGAGAGCCUGACGGAGCUGAGCACCAUGAAGACGGAUCUGUCCCAGUACAUCAUCGCCGACGACGUCCUGCUGCUGCAGGAGCAGGUGGAGCACCUGCACUGUCAGUGGGAGGAGCUCUGCCUCAAGGUGUCGAUGCGUAAACAGGAGAUCGCAGACCGCCUGAACGCGUGGAUCAUCUUCAAAGAGAAGAACAAGGAGCUGUGCGAAUGGCUUGCACAGAUGGAGAACAAGGUGGCGCACAACUCCGACCUCAACAUCGAGGAGAUGGUGGAAAAACUCAAGAAGGACUGCAUGGAAGAGAUCAACCUGUUCAGUGAGAAUAAGACUCAUCUGAAGCAGCUGGGAGAACAGCUGAUCACAGCCAGCAACAAGACGAAGGAGACGGAGGUCAACGACAAGCUGAAGGACAUCAACGACCGCUGGCAGCAUCUGUUCGACCACAUAGAGGCCAGGGUGGGAAAGCUGAAGGAGACGCUGGUGACGGUGCAGCAGCUGGAUAAGAACAUGAGCAACCUGCGGACAUGGCUGUCUCGCAUCGAGGCGGAGCUCGCCAAACCCGUGGUGUACAACGUGUGCCACAGCGAAGAGAUCCAGAGGAAACUGGCCGAGCAGCAGGACCUGCAGCGGGACAUCGAGCAGCACACGGAGAGCGUGGCGUCAGUGCUGACGCUGUGUGACGUCCUGCUGCACGACGCCGACGCCUGCGGCAGCGACUCUGAGAACGACUCCAUCCAGCAGACCACGCGCAGCCUGGACCGGCGCUGGAGGAACAUCUGCGCCAUGUCCAUGGAGAGGAGGAUGAGGAUCGAGGAGACCUGGCGCCUGUGGUGUAAGUUCCUGGAUGACUUCUGUCGCUUUGAGGACUGGCUGAAGAGCGCUGAGAUCAUCGCAGCCACUCCGGACUCUGCCAACGUGCUCUACACCAGCGCCAAAGAGGAGCUCAAGAAGUUUGAGGCGUUCCAGCGGCAGGUCCACGAGCGUCUGACUCAGCUGGAGCUGGUCAACAAGCAGUACCGCCGCCUGGCCCGGGAGAACCGCACCGACGCCGCCAGCAAGCUCAAGCUCUUAGUCCACGAGGGGAACCAGCGGUGGGACAGCCUGCAGAAGAGGGUUGCCUCUGUUCUGCGCAGACUCAAGCACUUCACCUCUCAGAGAGAAGACUUUGAGGGGACCCGGGAGGGGAUCCUGGUCUGGCUCACAGAAAUGGACCUGCAGCUCACCAACGUGGAGCAUUUCUCCGAGAGCGACGUGGAGGACAAGAUGAGGCAGCUCAACGGCUUCCAGCAGGAAAUCACUCUGAACACCAACAAGAUCGAUGCUCUGAUCGUGUUCGGGGAGAACCUGAUCCAGAAGAGCGCUCCGCUGGACGCCGUGCUGAUCGAGGACGAGCUGGAGGAGCUGCACUCGUACUGCCAGGAGGUGUUCGGCAGGGUGGCCCGCUUCCACCACCGCCUGGUCAACAGACGCCCGAUCCUGGAGGAGGAGGAGGAGCGCGAUCUGUCAGACCUGGACGACUCCCCCGAUCUGACCGACGGGACGUCCUGGGAGGAGUCGAGGAAGGAAGAAGAGGAAGAUGUUCCAGCAGGAGGUGCAGCGGGGCGACAGGUCAUGUGUCACCUCCUCGCCCCCCCUCUGGAGCGGUCGGGCAGAGAGACCCCGGUCAGCGUGGACUCCAUCCCGCUGGAGUGGGACCACACCGUGGACGUUGGAGGGUCUUCGUCACACGAGGACGAUGAGGAGGACGCCACAUACUUCAGCACCCUGUCAGAUGUGCAGGUCACAGAGAGCUCAGAGUCUUUUGUUAAAGCGACUGUCAGAGCAGUGAGCGCUGCCUCGGGCAAGUCAGUGUCCGACCCCCCCAGCUGGCACCAACCCGUCUCACCUGAAAGAAAACGAGUUCCCAGAGAAAUGAUCCGAGGCCUGACCUCAUCUCCCUCACACACCUCCAGCACUCCCUUCCACCAGCAGGGCUACGCUAAGCUGAUGUCGGAGUGCAGCGGCAGCAUCAGCACCGUGAAGAGAGUGAAGCUGAUCCUGAACGAUGAAGAGGAGCCGGAGGAUCACGGUCUGACCGUCAGCACGGCCGACAAGCAGACCAGCACAGGUGUGAUCGAGCGCUGGGAGCUGCUUCAGGUUCAGAAGCUCAACAACCAGACGGACAUCAAGCAGGACCUUGAGCAGUGGCAGAAGCUGAACUCUGACCUCUGCGACGUCACUUCCUGGUUGGGCCGGGUGCUUCCAGAGCUGGAGAGGCUGCAGCGGAUCACACCGGCCACCAGCAUCCGAGACAUCGAGGUCAACAUCCGGAAACUAAAGGAGAUGCAGAAGACCUUCAACAGCUACAAGUGUCUGAUGAUCUCCGCCAACCUGAGCAGCCGUCACUUCCUGUGUGGCGACAGCGCCGAGCUGCAGGAGCUGCAGGAAGCCCUCAGCUCAGCCAACAGCAGCUGGACUCAGGCCUGCAGCGGGUUGGAGAGCUGGGAGAGGAGGCUGCACGCCGCGCUCAUGCAGUGCCAGGAGUUCCAUGAGACGCUGCACUCCCUGCUGCUGUGGCUCGCUCAGGCGGAGAACAAACUGAACGCUGUGAAUGUCAGCGACCAAUCGACACCCCGUUCCGUCCUGCAGGAGCACCAGGACACACUGACGGCUCUGCAGGAGGACUUGUGCGGCCGCCAGAGGCAGGUCUCCUCCCUGCAGAACAUCUCCUCUCAGCUGCUGCUGGAGGACUCCAGAGAGGACAGCGUGGAGGCCAAAGAGAAGGUCCACGUCAUCGGGAACAAGCUGCAGCUGCUGCUGCGACAGGUGGCCUCUCGCCUGCACACGCUGCAGGGCCGACUGGAAACCUGCUCCCCCAGCACAGAGAUGGACAGCAUUGGUUUGGGAGCGCUGCAGAAGGAGGAGGCUGCAGGUCUUCAUGCAGCUCCAGUCGGACCACCAGCGACUAAAAGGGAGGAGCGAAAGGAUUCCCCCCCACAGCGGCCCUUCUUCCACCGGGUCCUGCGAGCCGCCUUCCCGCUCCACCUGCUCUUCCUGCUGCUGCUGGUCCUGGCCUGCCUAGUCCCCGUGUCCGAGGACAACUACAGCUGCACCCUGUCCAACAACUUCGCCCGCUCCUUCUACCCCAUGCUGCGCUACACCAACGGCCCCCCGCCCACAUGAUCCCUGCCACAAUGCCCAGUAUCGUCUCCUAAAGAGGACUGAAGGACUAAAUAUGUGACGGUGGAAAUCAAAGAUGGAGCCGAAUGGACAUUUAAAGAUAUUCUACCUAAAAAAAAAAAAGCACCGCCCCUUUUUUAAAAUCUGAUUGAUGUAUUUAAGAAUAUAUUUAUUGUUCGUGUUUAAAAAGAAGCCAUAUUACUGGUUAGUUUCCCUCCUUCUGUCACUUUUAUACGUGUCUAACGUCCCCAUCAAACACUCAAAGAUAAAGAAAGAAGUAUUUUAAUAUCUACGCUAUAUUUUCAUUUGUUUUGUAUCGUGUGGGAUCUAAAUUGAAGGUCAGAGGUCAGUGAUUACCAAAGCGUACAGAAAGGGAAAACACUUAAGCCAUUUUCUACCACUGCAGCUAUUUUUACAGCCACUUGUUGAUAGCACAUUUUGUACAGAAGAGAAGAAGAGGUAUUUAAAAAGAUCUGUAAGAUAUUUUUCUAAAUAACGCUGGCAGCGAUUCAUGCCUUUCUGUAGCCCACAGAUCCUCCACAGCCAGCAGAUCAUGAAUAUGUAAAUAAGGGCAAACUACUGAGAAAGAAACCUGCUAAAUCUUUGUUUCUGCAUUUGAGUUUGAGUGUGUUACUGUUAUAUAUUUCAAUGAUUGAGCAUGGGACUGUAGUCUGAGCGCUGCUGUGAUAAAAUGACAGAUAUUUUCUUAUGUUCACAACUUCACGGCCAGUCAUUUCAGCAGAAAAGUUGUCAAAUUCAAAGCUGAAUUACAUCAUUUUUUACCACAAGAGGGGCAGAAAGAGCCCAAAAUAACCCCUAAUAUAUUAACGGAUAAUACGGUGCUUGGAACAAUUAUUAAAAAGCUGUUCAGUCUAGCAGAUUUACUUCAGCAAACCUGCUAGCUAACAGAUGCUCAUUUCUACGAUCAUGUCCACAUUAAAUUGCAGUAAUUCCACUCGACUAGUUAUCACUUAAUAAAGUUUCAAAGGAUAUUUCUUUAGAUUUUGUUCUUAUUGAUGCAACAAUAUUAGCUCUAGCUGCGAGUCCUGUGCCCCGUCAGCAGCAACAACACACAGCUACCCCUUUUUAUGUUAAAAAAUCCAAUCUAAACCCUAAUCAAUAAUAACUGAUCUUCGUUCCUAAUUUACCCAACGCUGUCCGACUUGUAAAGGAGGAGCGAAGUCCAGCAGGAGUCAAAAAUCCAACAGGUUCAGCAGAGAUUGUUUCAUAAAAAGUACGACUCCACGCUUCUUCAUGCAGCUGGAGCCGUGUAAAAUCAAACACCGUCACAUGUACGGGGUUAUUAUCAUUGAUCCUAAAUGUUUGGAAGUGUUUGCUCCCAAUUUGUAUAUAAUCUGACGCUUAGCAGAGCAGAAACACAAACAACAACAAGGCGUGUGUAAAGUUUGAUUUAUUUUGUGAACUCUUAUUUAUGGGAUGUAUAGACGGGCAGUUUUGAUUGACAAUAAACUGUGUUUGCCAUGA